ACAAACGCCUACACACCGUGUGUACAGGACGCCUGCGUGUAAUGAUGGAGUAGCAGCCGGACUGAGAGGCGCACACAAACACCGGGGAAUGAACGCUUCUGUGUGGGCGGAGAAGGACGGACACCCGGCCGGCAGUGUAGAAUAUAAACACCAUCACGGAGGCUUGUGCGAUCAUAACGUUGCGGCUUUAACCCACAGUGAUGAUGCAUUCACUGUUUCUGCAACGUGGUGAUCCAGCUGAAUAAACCGGGACUGUAGGAGGAAGUGUGGAAAGCAUCACUGGACAUGAACUGCAGGUGUGACUAACGCUACCUCCCGCUCCUGCUGUCUGAACAUGCUGCUCGGGUAGCGAAGCCGACCAAGAGGAGCGUCUUGCCUCUUUACACUCCUUCCCCCUCUGGAAACAAACACACACACAAACACACACACUGCUCAUUUCAAGCACAGCCAUGCUGAUCAAGGAGUAUCGUAUCCCCAUGCCGAUGAGCGUGGAGGAGUACCGCAUUGCUCAGCUUUACAUGAUCCAGAAAAAGAGCCGGGAGGAGAGCUGCGGCGAGGGCAGCGGGGUGGAGAUCCUGGAGAACAAGCCUUACGAGGACGGACCCGGGGGCUCGGGUCAGUACACACACAAAGUCUAUCACAUCGGCAAACACAUCCCAUCCUGGUUCUGUGCCAUCCUGCCUCAAGCUGCCCUACGCGUGGAAGAGGAGUCCUGGAAUGCCUACCCCUACACACGGACCCGGUAUACUUGUCCAUUUGUGGAGAAAUUCUCUAUAGACAUUGAGACAUAUUAUAAACCAGAUACUGGAAACCAGGUGGAUGUCUUCAAUCUGUCCUCCGCUGAGAAGAGACAAAGGACCAUAGACCCCAUAGACAUAGUGAAGGACUACAUCGCUCCUCAUGAGUACCUGGUGGAAGAAGACCCAAAGCUGUAUCAGUCCCUUAAGACAAAACGGGGUCCUUUGUCAGACGACUGGAUUGAAGAGAUCAACCAGAGUCCGGGUCAAUGUCCCGUCAUGUGUGCCUACAAACUCUGCAAAGUGGAAUUCAGAUACUGGGGCAUGCAGUCCAAGAUCGAACGCUUUAUACACGACGUGGGUCUUCGCAAAGUGAUGGUUCGGGCUCACAGACAGGCGUGGUGCUGGCAGGACGAGUGGUAUGGUCUCACCAUCGAGGACAUCCGGCAGCUGGAGCUGGAGACGCAGCUGGCUCUAGCUAAGAAGAUGGCCCAGUACAGCCUCAACGAGGAGGGGGGGCCGGAUAUCAACGGCUCCUCUGUGAACCCGGACCAGGGAGCUGAAGUGGGUGGGUCGGCUGCAGAGACAGAGGGGGGAGUAGGGGGGAAGCUUGGAGACUCACUGGAGACACGAGGGGAGCUCACCAAGCAGUGGUCCACCUCCUCCAGGUCCUCCAAUAGGUCGUCAAAGAGAGGAGGGAGUCCAUCCCAUCAGAACAUCUCCGAGUGGAGGAUGCAGAGUAUCGCCAGAGACUCAGAGGACAGUACAGACGACGAGUUCUUUGAUGCUCACGAGGGCUUCUCUGACAAUGAGGAGAUGUUUGCCAAACAGAUCACAAAGUGGAGCUCCAACGAUCUGAUGGACAAGAUCGAAACAACAGAGGCGGAUGAAGCACACGAGACUUUGUACCAGGAGUCAGGUGGAGAGUACGCUGUGAUGAGUAACGAGGAGAGCGUCAUGGAGGAUUCGUCUCGGCAGUGUCUCCAACCAUCUAAAAUUCACGCCCUCGUUCUGGUGCUGCAUGGAGGAAACAUUCUGGACACUGGCUCUGGUGAGCAGAACAGCAAGCAGGGAGACGGAAACACUCUGAGUGGAGCCUUCGAGACUGUGAUGGGGGUCCACUACCCUGCUGCUCUGGGCCGCAUUGCCAUCCGGAUGGUCCCCUGUCCAGCUGUUUGUGUUGAUGCAUUCUCGCUGGUCUCAAACCUGAGUCCCUACAGCUAUGAUGAGGGCUGUCUGUCCAGCAGUCAGGACCACAUCCCUCUGGCUGCUCUGCCACUUUUGGCCACAUCUGCACCUCAGUAUCAAGACGCUGUUGCAACUGUCAUCUUACGAGCUAACCAGGUGUACAGCGACUUCAUUAAGUCUCUAGAAGGAGAGACUUUUAACGGCCAGGUGUGUGUGAUUGGGGACUGUGUCGGGGGUAUCCUGGGGUUUGAUGCUCUCUGCAGCAGCUCAGUGAUUGUGUCAGAAAGCCAAAACAGCAGCAGACGGGGCAGCGCCAUCAGUGUCCAGGACACAGACCUUCUCUCUCCAGGUAUCAUCAUAAACAGUGUUUCUCCCUCCUCACCGACCCUUGAAGGAAGUCGCCAUCUCAGCCGCAGCAACAUCGACAUCCCUCGAUGCUCAGGUCCUGAUGACCCAAAGAGGCAACUUCCACGCAAACGCAGCGACUCGUCGACGUAUGAGCUGGACACCAUCAAACAUCACCAAGCCUUCCUGUCGAGUCUUCACUCCAGUGUUCUCCACGGGGAACCCGGAUCCCGGCGCUCCAGUAACAGCACCAUGCUGGAAGGAGGAUCUUUGGGAAAGUUUGACUUUGAGGUGACUGACUUCUUCCUGUUCGGCUCUCCUCUGGGGCUUGUGCUCGCACUGCGGAAGACAGUGGUGCCCUCAUUAGAUGUGUCCGCUCUGCGUCCGGCCUGUCAGCAGGUUUACAACCUUUUUCAUCCAGCUGAUCCCUCGGCCUCACGCCUUGAGCCGCUCCUGGACAAACGUUUUCACAUGCUGCCUCCGUGCAGUGUCCCUCGUUAUCAGCGCUUUCCUCUAGGUGACGGACUCUCAGCUCUCCUGGUUGACACCGUUCAGAGUAACCCUCAGCUUCUGAUGGAGUCCAGCUGCUCAGUGUACCAGCGCUGCCAGGAGAAUAGUGUCAAUGAGACGUCCAUCCCUGUGCCUGUUCUUAACUGGCAGAGCUCACAGCUCCACUCAGACACUGAUUCUUCUCACUCACACAUGUUUGUGGAUGGACAGUACCCCCUGUCCACAUCACCUGGAGUCCCUCACCUUCGAUGUAACCGCAGGGCGAGUGAGGCCAGCUUAGCCAGCCAGGUGUCAGGGUUAGCCGACUCUUACACCGCCUCCAACAUCGCCACCAUUGCUUCUCGGUGGUGGGGCAGUAAGAGGAUGGAUUACGCCCUCUACUGUCCGGAUGCCCUAACAGCCUUUCCCACAGUGGCUCUGCCUCAUCUCUUUCAUGCCUCGUACUGGGAAUCCACUGAUGUCGUCUCUUUCUUACUACGACAGGUGAUGAGACACGAAAACUCCAGUAUUUUGGAGCUGGAUGGUAAAGAAGUGUCUGAAUUCACGCCGUCCAAACCUCGAGAGAAGUGGCUCCGCAAGAGGACUCAUGUUAAAAUAAGGAAUGUGACAGCUAACCACCGUGUGAAUGACGCUGUGUUCAACGAGGACGGAGCCCAGAUGGUGACCGGGCGAUUCAUGUACGGCCCUCUGGACAUGGUCACCCUCACUGGAGAGAAGAUUGACAUCCACAUCAUGACCCAGCCUCCCUCUGGUGAGUGGGUGUACUUUGACACGGAGCUCACCAACAGCAGUGGACGUAUCUCUUAUGUCAUCCCUGAGAGCAAGAGGCUGGGUAUUGGAGUGUAUCCUGUCAAAAUGGUGGUCAGGGGAGACCACACAUGUGCAGACAGCUAUCUCUCUAUCGUCCCAAGAGCAACAGAGUUCGUUGUGUUCAGUAUUGACGGAUCGUUUGCUGCCAGUGUGUCUAUAAUGGGCAGCGACCCAAAGGUUCGAGCUGGAGCUGUGGAUGUGGUGAGAUACUGGCAGGACUUGGGUUACGUGAUCGUGUAUGUAACGGGUCGUCCUGACAUGCAGAAACAGCGUGUGGUGGCCUGGCUCUCUCAGCAUAACUUUCCUCACGGUAUCGUCUCAUUCUGCGAUGGGCUGGUACACGACCCACUCCGGCACAAGGCCAACUUUCUCAAAACCCUCAUUAACGAGGCGCACAUGAGGAUCUUUGCAGCAUAUGGCUCCACCAAGGACAUCUCUGUGUACUCGUCUAUCGGCCUGUCUCCGUCACACAUCUACAUAGUGGGAAGGCCGACGAAGAAGAUGCAGCACCUGUGUCAGUUCAUACCAGACGGCUACGCCUCCCACCUCUCUCUGCUGGAGUACAACCAGAGAUCACGUCCCGCCAAGUCCCCCAGCACUCGCAUGGUCCUCCGCAAGGGCAGCUUCGGCUUGGGGGCAGCCGGGGGAGACUUCCUCCGAAAACGGAAUCACAUCUUUCGCACCAUCUCCUCUCAGCAGCCUGGAGGGGCAGGGUCAGCCUCCCCGACUCAGCCAGGCCGGACUGAGCGCACGCUGAGCCAAUGUGAGGUGGAACGGGAAAGGGUCGCCGCUGCAACGCAGAGGAGUAUGAGCAUAGCUGCGGGAUGCUGGGGCCGCAGCGGGAGCACCAAGGAGGGCAGCGUAGGGUUACAGGGCCAUAAAUGAGCUUCUAAACUGAGCUGUUGGGUUUGAAGGACCCCGCCUGUACCACCAUGAUUUCUGGACAGACCGCACACAGUCAUUUUGAAGAAGUUGAUGUAGGGUUUGUAUUUUAAAAAUUAAAAGGGAAAAAACACUUGAUUGAGCAUAAAGAAUAGGGAAACUAGAGUGGAAUCGGUCCAGGAGGAGUGGACUAAUCAGGCCAAGAGGAAAUCCGAGAAGUAUAGACAGCUCUGUAGCAUAACUCUUUACAGUAAUACUUUUAUAGGAAGCAUCACUAAUUAUACAAAAGACAAGGAUUAACUGUAAUAUUGUAAGCCUUAAACUAAUCUCGUGUAACGGGACGAACCCCCUCACCUCCAUGAUCUAAACACACACACACACACACACACACACACACACACACACACACACACACACUGUCCUAGCAUUCACACUCAUGAGCUCAGGACAAACUGCAUUCUUCAUCAGACAGUCAGACGCAGGUAAAUGCCAGCCGUGGUGCAAAGCCACCAAAGUGUUGCUUUGUUUCUGUCACAUUGUCAGCUAAAAAAAUAUAUUUUCAACACAACAGUUUACCCAAUAAAGACUGGCAAUAACAUGAAGGAAGGGUAAAGGAAAAUUAGGAAACAAAGAUUUAUGUUGUUUAGAGUCAGUUCAUCCAAAUUACCCACAAAAGGACAUAUUUCAUGUUUACCCCUGAGGGCAUCAAGCCAUGCAGACAGUUUUAGUACAUUAAUGGUGGAUUUGAUCUUACCGCAUUCAUCCAAAUACAAGAAAAAGCCUUUAGCUUCUUCAGGUUCUGGAGUGCUAGGCGAACCUUAGGAAGCUGUAGGCGAAACACAUUGUUCACUCUCAAUAAAAUACAGUAAAGUUAUUUUCAGUGUGCCACCGAUUAUUGAUUUAUUUUUCAUGGUAAAAAUGAUAUUUUCUAUACAUCAGUGUGGUAGCAAAGUCACUAGGAGCAUGUUGGCAUACUGAUAUCAUACAAACCCAUUAUCUUCCAUUGAACUAAAAAGAUUCUGAUUAUUUGCCCAAAUAUGUGUACAGAUACGAUGAUUAGACUCUUUUUUUCCAACGCUAAACUGCCUGCAUGGUGAGAUUUACUUUGAAUGAGUAAGAAAAUAUGUAUUUAAGUAAUUUGAAUGACCUGACCUUUUUUAAAUUCAGAGAGCUGCAUUUGAGAUCAUAAAGUACAACCAGAGAUGAAAGAACCUUUUGUUUAAGUCGCACGACAAUUUUGUUCAUCGCCGUUUUUAAUCACAUAACCCUAACAGGUUGCUUGUCAAGUGUUCAUUCCACCAUGUGUGACACUUCGAAGUAUUUUCCCUUUCUCUGGGCCAUCUGAUCCAAGGCCUUAAUAUCCAACAAGAUACUUUCUCCACAGCUGGAACAGAAAGCAGAAAAACAGGGCAUGCAGCAUUAAAGCAACAACUAGAACUCUGUACAGUCCACAGCAACAAUCCCUUUAUAUAGUCAUCUGCUUGCAAUACCUCCGAUCCACCUGCUGGUGGUGUUCUGUUUCCCACAUGUGCUGCUGCAGGGAGAAACUUCAGUUGUACCCUGGCUUUUUGCUCUUUUUGCAUACAGGAUAUGAAGGAUGUCCUUGGUUUUUCUGCUGAGGAGCCUGUUUUAUUUCAGGCUGGACCCUGGGAGGGAGGCAGGCAGGCAGGCAGUGUUUCCUCAUUGCUCUUGCAUUCAUUGGCCUGUUAAACAUUAAGUAUUUCUACCAAAUGGACCGAAGAAUGGACAAGAAAAGAAUUCAUCAAGUAUUCAAAAGAAUGGAUGAACCUUUACUUGAUGAACAUGGAGGUAUCCUGAUCAGAGCAAACAUAGUGAUGCUUUAAUCGACUGAACUAUUCAACACAAAGGAGACAAAGACGAAGCCACUUCACAUCCAAAAAAACACAAACCGUGCACAAAUAGUCAAGAUUUUCAGGUUCUUAUACCAACCUUGCUCACUUUAAGGUCCACAAUUAUUCAUGUCAGUUUUCCAAAAAAGUGACAUGCUUUUGUUUGCUUGCUGAUGUUUUUCCUUAUAUUCAUACUGGCAUUAGAAAUAUUGAGUGAACCUAAUAUUGGGGCUCAGUAGUCUCAGUCUAAUCUAAACUUCUGGGUUUAUUCUAGAAAGAGAAAAAACACCUCUUUUAAUGAACAUUAAACUGUUGUCUUUACGUAUCUGAAGUCAUAACUGUUUGAGUUGUUAUGCUCAAAUAUACAUUAGGCCUACAAGGUAAGGUCAUUCAGUGUACCUAAAAGAUCAAUUUGUGUCAUUUUUUCCGUCCUGUUCUGUCUUUGCCACCUGUGGUGUACAACAAGGCUCAAUCCAAGGUCCCAUUUCAUUUGAUUAUAUAUUCUUUCAUUAAACUAAACAAAAAGUCAAAACAUUCUUUACUUCAAAACUAGACUGAUGGCUUUUCUUAAAAACCAUUAGAAAAACAUUAUAAACUGACCUUUUUGUAAGUGAUCUGAUGUGAUCUAAGCCAGACUUUGCAGGAAAAUCCUUUACUGUAUGUUUGAAAAAUACAGUAUAAUGUAAAAGGUUAUGGUUUGGGAUAUAUCUUGGGAGUCUGUUAAAUUUCUGUACACAUGCCAAAGAGUUUUGACACGCAAAUAAAAAAGUUCACUUAUAACCCCCCUCAUUAAAAAAUACAAAGUAGGUGUCAUAAUGACCAGUAUGAGCAUGAGAAAUAACUAAGGCAAGCAAACCUAUUUUCAUUUGAUUAAGUGGGCACCUGUUUGUUGUUUUUAGUAGGACUUGUACAGAGAGUUAGGUUGUGUUGAAUGGUUUUAAAUCUGGUUCACUUUAUUUAACUAUGCUGUUGUUUUAUUCUUAGCUUCCACACAACACAGGAGUGUGUGUUUCCACUCUGUGUGUGAUCAGUAAUGUCUUCUACCCACCACAAGAGCCAAAAUUAUUGUUUAAUACUGUAGUUAAUCAACUGUGUAACCUCAUUGUUGUUUUUUUGCACUAGUUUACAGUGGAAAUAAUCUGUAGUGACCAUCUCAUGUUGCUACACUUGGAUUACAGUGUAGUGAAUGACACUUUUUGUUUAUUUCAGGGUAUACUGCUUCUGCAGGAGUGCACAUGUCUGUACAUUUUGUCAGGAUUCAAAAUAAUGUCAGUAAAUGUGCCAAACAGUAUAUAGGUGUUGAGUAUUUAGGCAAGGGGUUUUCAAAGUCUGACUCUAAGACCCCCCCACCCCCCGCCCCAAACAUCCCUGUCUCUUAUUGUUUUCUCUAUCCUAACUGUGUGAUAUUUAGUUGUGCUCACACUACAGUUCCCACAAUACUUUUGAUAAUGUAAUGAAUGAAAAUGUGAUGAUCUAGCUAUCAGGGGUUCCAGUUAAAAUUCUGCCCAUGAAUACACAACUUUGAUAUUGAAAAAAGAGAAAAACAGAAAUGUCAUGAUUUCUAGGCGUUUACUCGAGUUAUGAGAUGAUUUAUUUUUUGGUUGUUUUCUGAACAGAUGUUUGGACAUUUAUACCUAAUAGAACCCUAUUAUUAUUAUUAUUAUUAUUAUUAUUAUUAUUUAUUGUUCUGCUUUUCAUGCCUUUAUUCAGAUAGGACAGUGGAUAGAGUCAGAAACUAGGCAGAAAGAAAGUGGGGUAUGUCAUGCGGGAAAGGAGCCACAGGUCAGACCUGAGCCCAGGCUCUUUAUUGUUAUUUAUAUCCUGUGAAAAUUUAACUAACCCCAAAUCUGAAAGUAUUUAUAUGAUGUCAGUGUGUUCAAAAAUGAACUAGCUGGAACUCAGAGGAAAGAGUGCAAUUUAUCAAGCAACAUGUGAUGGAGGCCCCCCUCCCAAUUUUUUUUUACUUAGAAAUGGACUUAUGGAGGUUUACGGUGGACAUUAAAGAAAAUAAUGUCCUUGAAAGGAGAAGCUUAUUUUUGCAUCUCUGCACUCCCCCUUCAUUCAGCUCCCUAUCCUCCACUUGGAAAGUCACCGCACGUUUUGAAAACCCCUGAUUCAGACAAUGUUCAACCAUUUAUUACAGUGAGAAAGGAAUAAGAAUAUAGAGCAUUUACUGAUGACGCUGGAUUUUGAUUGUUGGUGGCAACACAUUUUUAAGUCAAAUGUUGACCAUUUAUGAAAAACUAAAGUGGCUUUUAACAGAAAACUGAAGAUGUCCUUUAAUUCUGAGAGCAGAGAUCGAGGAUUGUUGCUGUAAUAAUGGUCUAUAAGCUAUUUUGCAAAAACUCACUGACUUUUGCAUUGAGUUUUUGUUUUGCUGUGAGUGUCAGGUUUUUGGCUACAGACACGUUGUCCCCCUAAAGCCGUUUGGCUGCUGAGUUGAAUGUCCGCCCAUUUGGAUUCUGAGACUGUUCAGGAGCUAUGGCUGUGUCAAUGUACAAACUGUAAAGAUGUAUAUGUAGGACUUAUAUGUAUGAGAGUUAUUUAUUUACCUAAAGGUCAUUAUGUUACUAUGGAAAUUUCAGGUAAAAUAUGUUUGAAAUAUGUAGCAUCUUAUUUGUCACUUUGGUGGUCAUUCAGGCUAUGGACCAACACAGGAUGUUUUUUUGUUUUUUUUAACCAGUGCAAUAUUGUUAUUCCAAUCACAUCCAGGCAGAACCGCUAUCACAGCAGGGGCACAAUCUACAUCAAUACAAGCUACAAGCAACUCACAGUCUGAAAUCAUACACACACCACCUGCUGCUGUGUUUCACACCUCGUAAGAAGUCUUUGUAUUCAAGCUCAUGUUGAACUCUGCUGCCUCUUUACAACAAUACACUGCUGAGCAUUUUAUAGGACUUGCUGUACCUAUUUUUCAAACUCAAGUAUUUUACAAACACUUUGAAAUAUAACUGGAGACUGUUUUUUCAGUCAGCAGUGGGUGCAUGAGGAAAUAAAAUCCCAUAACCAAGCAGCUCUAUUUAACAAGCUGUUGCAUGUAUUCCAGCCAAAUUGGAACUAAUUAACCGUCAUGCUAAACAAUAAUAAACGGAUUGUCUUGUCCAAUAUGUCCUCCGUUUUUUCUGAAGCAUAUAUUAAAGCGUUUGCUGAAAAUA